AUGCAUCUCACACGCCUAAUUUUCGCAUUGGCGAUCGUGUUCUUCUCGGCGCUUGUUCUCGCAGCUGAAGAUUAUUAUAAAAUACUAGGAUUGGACAAGUCCGCCUCAGAGAAAGAUAUCAAGCGCGCAUACCGCACACUCAGCAAGAAAUACCACCCUGAUAAGAAUCCUGGCGAUGACACCGCACGUGAGAAAUUCGGCGAAAUCGCAGACGCAUACGACGUCCUCUCUACAUCCUCAUUACGCAAAGUCUACGAUCAAUACGGCCACGAUGGCGUCGAACAACACCGAAAGGGAGGAUCAGCGGGUGGCUCGAACGAUCCCUUUGAUCUAUUCUCUCGGUUCUUCGGAGGCGGAGGACACUUUGGUCAUAAUUCUGGACAUAGACGUGGUCCUGAUAUGGAGGUUAAGGCUGCGUUACCGUUACGCGAUUUCUAUAACGGACGUGAAAUCAACUUCUUGGUUGAGAAGCAGCAGAUCUGUGAUACGUGUGAAGGAACUGGAUCGAAGGAUCAUAAGGUCGUGACUUGUGAUCAGUGUGAUGGACAUGGAAGAGUUAUUAAGAAGCAUAUGCUUGCGCCUGGAAUGUUUCAGCAGGUGCAAAUGGCUUGUGAUAAGUGUGGUGGACAGGGAAAGACGAUUAAGAAUCCUUGUCCGAUCUGUCAUGGGAGUCGGGUUGUUAGGAGAGAGGUUGAGACUUCUGCUACUAUCGAACCUGGUAUGGGACGGGGUACGCGAUUGGUUUUUGAGAAUGAGGCGGAUGAGAGUCCCGAUUUCGUUGCUGGAGACUUGAUUGUUAUUCUUGAGGAGAAGGAGGCGGAGUUGGGAUUUGCGGAUGAGGAGCGUACGGAUGGAACGUUCUUCAGGAGAAAGGGGAAGGAUCUUUUCUGGAAGGAGACGCUUUCAUUACGUGAGGCUUGGAUGGGAGAGUGGUCAAGAAAUUUGACUCAUCUCGAUGGCCAUGUCGUUAGACUGAGUCGCAAGCGUGGUGAGGUUGUGCAACCCUUGGCUGUGGAGACGGUUCAUGGGGAAGGUAUGCCGCAUUACUCAGAGGGUCAUCUUCAUGACCAUGACCAUGAGGACGAUCAUCCUGGUAACCUCUAUGUCGAGUACACGGUUGUGUUGCCGGAUCAGAUGGAAAGUGGUAUGGAGAAGGACUUCCAUUCUUUGUGGGAGAAGUGGCGCAAGAAGAUUGGCGUUGAUCUGGCUACUGAUAGUGGUCGACCGAUGCCUCCGCCGGCGGAGGACCUAAAGGAUGAGCUUUGA